ACAAAACUAAGUAAAUAUUAUAUUUCAGGGUUCUCUUUCAGCACCAUUAUUGUCACAUUUCAAGGAUCAAGAGAAUGGCUCAGGCAAUGGCAUCGAUGGCUGGCUUGCGUGGUUCCUCACAGGCUGUGUUGGAAGGGAGCCUUCAAGUGAGUGGCUCCACACGCUUGAAUGUGGGGGGUGGAAGCAGGGUGGCACGUGCGGGGUUCACAGUUAGAGCACAACAACAACAACAAGGGAAUAAUAAUGGUGGUGGUGAUGCUCAGAGUAGCCGCAGGACAGUGCUUUCCCUUGUUGCUGCUGGUUUGGCCACUGGCUCUUUUGUUCAAGCUGUGCUUGCUGAUGCCAAAUCCAUCAAAGUUGGACCCCCUCCCCCACCUUCUGGUGGAUUGCCUGGAACAUUGAACUCAGAUGAACCAAGAGACCUUAACCUGCCACUGAAAGAUAGGUUCUUCCUUCAACCGUUGACUCCAAGUGCGGCUGCACAAAGGGCAAAGGAAUCAGCCAAGGAGAUUGUUGCUGUUAAGAAGUUUAUAGACAAGAAGGCCUGGCCCUAUGUUCAGAAUGAUCUGCGUCUCAGGGCUGAGUAUCUUCGGUUUGAUCUCAACACUGUCAUUGCUGCAAAGCCUAAGGAUGAGAAGAAAUCCCUCAAGGAACUCACUGGCAAGCUCUUCCAGGAUAUCAGCAAUCUGGAUCAUGCAGCAAAAAUUAAGAGCAGCCCAGAAGCAGAGAAGUACUAUGCUGUUGCUAUAUCUACUCUGAAUGAUGUCCUUGCCAAACUUGGUUAAUGUGAUUAAUUUCUUGCUUUCUGUGUAAUCUUUGUCCAUGAUUUUCUCAGACACUGUUUGACUGGUAUUUUAAGAAAUUCAAUGAGGGAAAAUUUUCUAUAAAUAAGCAGGAAUAUAACUUCAAUUAAAUUUAAAUCAAUGUCUAGAUCACUUCCCUCC